GGGGGAUACAGGGGAAAGGGGGAACGCCACACGGACUCUGGCGAGGGAACACGUGUGCAUGCAACAUGCACACAUUCUGGCUCCACCUACGAGAUCCGCCGGGUGGUACCUCGACGUUCGACAGUCAGAGACCGUCUACCACCUACGGACAAUCACAACAUCCAUAGCCAAGAGAAACAUUUCUCCUGGGACGGGACUCGAACCCGCACAGCGCACGGCGACUGAUCAGGAGACCGAAGAGUCUACUACUGCGGCCACCGUUGCUGCCUGAAACAAUAAUAAAA